AUGCUUGGGCGCACUGUUUGUGGCCCAGCUCCCGAUAGUAUCGGUGACGGAUUGUCAAUACCACCAAACCCACGAGAGCUUCCCGUUAGUGUAACAGAUCAUGUGCUACAGCGACAAACACUUACGCCUUCGUCUGCAAACACUGGAGGGAAUCUACCAUUUCACUAUGGGCAUGUUUCGACACAUUUGAUUCCAAGUAUGACGCCACCUCCUGCCGACGCCAUUUCUCGCAAGAGCCCAAUGUCUACAGACAGGAAGAGAGCCACGAUAGCAAACCAAGCCCGAGCAUGCAUAACGACGCAUACUAUUAUCCCGCCGCAGAAAGCGGGGCCUACUUCGACAGUUUACCAGUACACCGUCACAAGAAUAACGCGCCUGGAUUGUGCUGGGUGUACGCUGAUGAUUUCAACCCAAGUGCAAGGAUUCGGACCACCUCCUGCAUGGCAGGGAACUCCCAAUAUAUGA